CGUUGUUCGAGCGAUGCUGUCAUUACGUGCGAAACCGUCGUGGCCAGCGGAGCGCAUCUGUACAAUUGGUUAUGUGUAAAUACAAUUCCAGUGGAAAAUACAAUUUGUUAUUUCUCUCUUUUGAAUAGGUUUCUAGGGGGGAUUUAAUUCAGAGCUGAUCUGAUUCAACGAACGGCCUUGCGCUGGGAAGUAGCCUUGACAACUGGGCAAACUCUGGGAAUUAGUCAAGAAAGAAACGUCAGUGUUGUGUUGGUUGUUUCUACCACCAGACGCACCAGAAACUGGAAUCAAUUUUACUCGACUGUGGAUCUAUACCCGCUGCCGUCUGCGCUGACGUGAAGAUCAGAAAAGUGUGCCCCUUUGAGAGGAUUAGUCUUCAACUGCGGUUGCCCGACUUUGUUAAGAAGCUGUUAACAGUGACACCCCAAAAAUGGAAAGAAUUAGUAUGAAGAGGAACGUAGUGGUAGGAGCUGUUACCGUGCUGUUUCUAAUAUUCACCGUCCAAACUGCCGAAGAAAGACAACCAGACGAAGUUCGUAUCGGCGGGAUCUUCAUAAAGAACAGUAAAUAUGAACAGGCUUUCCGUUUUGCAGUCAACCGGAUAAACCGCAAGAGAGUUCCCGUCAACGGAGCUCCUGCGAACGACACAUUGUUUGAGUUGGUGCCAGUCGUGGAACACGUGGCCGGCAAAAAUAGCUUCGACGCCUAUAAAAAAGUCUGCAGACUACUCGCACAGGAGGGUGGCGUUGCGGCCCUCUUUGGGCCCUCAACGGCCGAAGGCAACCUCGCCGUAGAGGGCGUGAGUGACCGGCUGGAUGUGCCUCACAUCAUAGCCAGAUGGGAGCACAAGGACCGACCAGACGGUAAUCAGCACCGGUUUGUCAACUUGUACCCGCACAAUCGAUACAUCAGUGUGCUUCUGAGCAACCUCACGGAAGCAUAUGCCUGGAAGAAGAUGACAAUAGUCUACCAAGAUGAAGAAGCGCUCCUACGAUUGCAUCACGUGCUGGAACGAUCCCGGGGCGAGCUGACGCUACGAAAGAUGACAGGCCAUAACCUGAAUAUGCUCCUGAAAGAGAUCAAGAGAUCGGGAACAUAUCAUAUCAUUAUCGACUGCAGACAGGAAAUGCUCAGGCCAGCCCUUGAACUUUUACUGGAACUACAAAUGCUGCAGAGUCACUACCACUAUAUAUUCCCGUCGAUGGACACGUGUUUGAUCGACAUGAUGCGGUACACCGGAGGCUCCGUCAACAUUACCUCCUUCCAUUUGAUGAACAUGAACAGCAUCCGUGUCAAGACUACCAGGCGAGACUGGCACCACUACCAGGCGCUGGAGGGCGCCCCAUACAACGAAACACCUUUUACGACCGACAUAGCGUUCAUGUUCGACGCCGUCAGCGUAGCUAAACAGGGUCUGCACGACUUCAGCGGACCGGUGUCGACGCAGCAACUGUCCUGCGAUGCCGGUCAACAGGACUGGGACGUAGGCUUGAGCUACUUCAACGCGCUCAAAUCGGUUAACAUGCUAGACGGUCUGACGGGUGAGAUCCGCUUCGACUCCAACGGGGAGAGGGUGGAACCGACGUUCUACGUCUCGGAGGUUCGAGGAGACGGUUUGGAACAGGUUGGAUCAUGGAGCGCCAUGCAGGGAUUGCGAUUCGACCCCAUCAUUGAACCAACGUCCAACAUAAGCAAAGUGAAUAGAACGCUCAAGGUUACCACCAUAAUGGAAAAGCCCUACGUCAUGCUGAGAGAGCCAACCGAUGGUACGCAACUGGAAGGCAACGACCGGUACGAAGGCUACUGCAUCGACCUACUCAAGAUGAUUUCCGAGGAAGUCGGCUUCGAGUACGAGAUCCAGCUGGUAAACGAUGGCAACUAUGGGGCGGAGGUGGACGGCAGGUGGAACGGCAUGAUCGGCGAACUUAUCGAAGGAGUGGCAGACAUGGCAGUAGCUCCACUAACAAUCACCUACGUGCGUGAGCAGGUGGUGGACUUCUCCAAGCCCUAUAUGCACCUGGGCAUCACCAUCCUGUACCGGGUGCCCGAGCCCCAGAACCCGGGCGUCUUCUCCUUCCUGAACCCGCUCUCCUUCGACAUCUGGAUGUACGUUGUCAUCGCGUUCCUGGUCGUGGCCCUGACCAUGUUCCUGAUAGCACGCUUCAGCCCCUACGAGUGGUACAACGAGCAUCCGUGCAACCCGGACUACGACAAGGUGGAGAACCAGUUCAACCUGCUCAGCUGCAUCUGGUUUGCCUUCGGCGGGCUGAUGCAGCAGGGCUCGGAGGUCAACCCCAGGGCUUUCUCCACCAGGGUCCUGAGCGGCUUCUGGUGGUUCUUCUCGCUCAUCCUGGUGUCCUCGUACACCGCUAACCUGGCAGCCUUUCUGACCGUUGAACGGAUGGUGUCGCCAAUCGAUGGUGCGGAUGACCUGGCAAAGCAAACCAAGAUACAGUACGGAACUAGAAGUAGCGGCUCCUCACAUACAUUCUUUAAGCGUUCGAACAUAGAAACGUACAAGACGAUGUGGGAGUUCAUGAGCUCGAGACCCAACGUCUUCAUGAACACGUAUACCGACGGGGUCCUGAGGGUCCUACGGGAGAAGAACUACGCCUUCCUGAUGGAAUCCACCAUGGCGGAGUACGUGGUAGCCAGACACUGUAAAAACCUGACUACCAUCGGUGGCUUGUUGAACUCAAGAGGCUACGGGAUCGGGACGCCGCUCGGAUCCAAACUCAGAGACAGGAUCACCAGCGCCGUGCUCAAAGCCCAGGAGAACGAGAGCCUGAUGAAGCUGAAGUCCAAGUGGUGGAACUCGGAGCAGUGCAUCGUGGAGGGAGCCAACAACUCGGACGCCAACGAGCUGGGGUUGGAGAACAUAGGCGGUAUAUUCCUGGUGCUGAUAGCGGGCGUGGUGCUGGGGAUAUUGGUUGCGGUGGCCGAGUUCAUCUGGAAGUCUCGGCAGAACGCGGAGAUAGACCGGAAAUCGCUAUGUGCGGAAAUGAUGGCGGAGUUCCGCUUCGCCUGUCGAUGUAACGGCAAGCCCCGAGCGACCCAGCGCAAUAUAGACCACAAGUACAUGCCGGCCCCCUACCCCAGCGGCGGGAUGAACGGACAGACCUUUCCCAUGAGCAUGGCGGAGACGGUGGCGUAGGGCCGUAGGAUGUUCCUCUCUAAAUGCAAAAAGGGGGACACAUCUGAUUUAUAAAAAUAAAAAAUGACUUGUAGAUACAGCAAAGAAACCAAACAUAUAAAGACUGCCGCAAAUCAUCAGGGGCUUCCAGAAAUAUAACGGCAGGGCUGUCAGAUUUGAGACUUGGAGGAAAAACCGCGACACGGUUCGGAGAAUUUGGAGGAAGGCUGUAAGGCUGACGACCUGUUGCAGGUCCAUCUUCGCAGUUAAAACCGCUUCCAAGAAGAGAACAGGUCUGGGAAUUGAAAGUCAGCAUGUCUUCAGGUGUCCAGCAGGUGAAGGGAUGCACUCACAUUCUGAAGUGGGCAGAUCCAUAGCAGAACAUUGUGGUUUAAAAAUACAGAAUGAUGAUUGGAUGUCCAAGUCAGUGUCCACAUUGUCAGGUGAAAGAUAUGGCGAGAGCUUGAGUCCUGUGGUGGGAAUGUACAUAGACUCUUAAACAGGUUAUGAAAUGGAAUUUAUAAGAACUCCAAAAACUGCAGUAAAAAUAAAAAGGUUUAGUAAUUCAACUCGGCCAGUGCUGGAACACAUAAGUAGUAGUGUAACUUUCAAAAGCUGAUGCUUUGGAAGGCGUUGCGCCAGACAAAUGUUAAAAGAGGUGGUCAGUAUAUUAGUGAGCGUUGCUCUCAAAUUUGCAAAUAAGAAGAUGUCAAUUAAAACAGCUUUAUUACGAAAACCUGCAAAGCAUUUAAAAAGCGUGUGAGCGCCAGGGAACUUUAUGGUACCUUGUCACUCAUGCCGACAUAUGAUUCGAUAGGAAUUCCAUGGUACUGAAACAUAGAUGAUAUAUUCUUCGAGAUUUUUAUCAGGAUUGAGCCAGGUUUAUAGUUUCCACAUGCGAGAGAGAUCCAGUGGUGUGAGGUCGACAUCCAAACUCAGUGGCGGGCCAGGUUUUUUUUAAUGGGGUGUGGCUGGGGUCCACGAUUAUUUGGGGGAGUGGCUGGAUGAGGUGUUUCAGACAACGUAUAAAAAGACCAAAGGCCUGAGGCAGUGGAUAGAGAUCUGCCAUAUUAAGUGAUGACGAUAUUUUGGUAACUUAAGCAAAUUUAGGUUUCUCUUUCAUUAUGUAUAUAAUUAACAGUGAUCAGUCAGAAGAGAGAAGGGCUGUUAGCUGCCCAAACUGCCCCCCCCCUUGAUCCGCCCUUUAAACACAAAGCUGUAGGUUUGGUCUGUGGUUUUGGGUCCCAUCCAGUCGCCUCCAACAGCAAUGUCGACCACUGCAGAAGAGUGUUUCAUAGUGCAUGGUAUUGAACAACACUUUCCAUCUAAGGCUGUGCUCCGUGGUCAUAUAUGGGUUGAUGUGGCUGGCUGCCCGAAGACGCCUUUACUUGCCUUCAGCUCGACCACGUUGUAGCCGCGUCCUUCGCAAUUCAGCAUCCCAGCUGCCAGUCAGGAUGAUUAACCUCCCAAAUUGUUGUUAUUAUUAUUAUUAUUAUUAUUAUUAAUAUUUGGCAAAAGCAAUAUAAGCCAAGUGCAAAACCAUUUUAUACAUGGAGUACUUGCGAAUCAAACUUUCAGUCCGAGAAGAUGUAAAGUUAUAAUUUUGUUUCAAAAUGUACAGCUUACAUUUGUAUGAUUACCUUGAAAAUGGCCAAUGACGUACGAUCUAUUUUGUUUCUUUCCGAAAUUCCGUAGAUGGUUGUAUUCUUUAGGACAAGAGUUAAACUGUAAAUGCAAUUGAUAAAUGAAAGGGUUAUAUAUGAUAUUUGACUUUAUACAACGCCUGAAUAAAUCCCCGUAAUCCGAUUGGUAGGUCGUUGAUCACAUGUCAUUCAAUUAUUCGUCCCAACCCACGGCCCAGCUGCACCACAACAAUAGAAGUUCUAUUCCACGGUAAAUAGUGUUCCAUUGCACGGUCACACAAUUGUUGGUUUUGACCAAUCACAGACGACGAUUUGUUCAGGUGAUGUAUAAGACAAAUCAUGAAUGUUUUAGGUUCGUGCAAUGGAAAGAAUAAUUACAUUCGGUGAAAGAUGGUAUGUCACAUUCCAACUAGCUUCACCUCGUGGACCUUUAUCAUGCUGCCACCAUUUCAGUAAUGUUCCCUGUAUCCAAUAACAGUACUGAAUGAUAAUUAUAUUUGUGCAAAAAGGAACCAGACUAUUUUUCCUUCCAGCCUCGCUUCAGUUACGUUCAUUUGAACGGGGAAAAUAACAAGAUGGCCGCAACAUGACAAUGGUUUAUGGAAUAUUCCAUCUGUCACUUCAUAAAAGUAUUCUUACCAUUGCACUCAUAAACAUUCAUUAUUUGUAUACUGAGUAAUAUUCUCAAGUGUGAUUGUUGGUAAUUUUAUACAUAAUAUUGUUUUGUUAACCUCUUUAUCAAAAGUGUACAUCCUUGUUAGAUAUUAAUAGAACCAGAUAUUUGGCUAUUUGUAAAGAGACUGGCAUUUGUAUUGUACAUUAAAGGUUUGGUCGAUAAAUUGAUAGCUUCAGCUGUUUGGAGAAAACAAUACUUACGUAUUAAAGUAAAGGGUAUGUUUAUAUAGGUAACACUGUUAAUUAAUGGGCGCAUACCUAUACGACUGGAUACCACUGGAUGAAGCAAUAUUUCAUAUCAGAAAGCCCGGAAUGAGGGACGUUUAUUUAGAUAGUUGGCCUGAAGUAGUGGAAAACAUUGGCAUAUAUCUGUUAGUGAACCAAAAACAAAAUAGGUUGGGAUUUUUUUUAAAAAUCAAGCAGGGCUUGUUUCUUUUAGAAUUACGUCAUCAGUUGGCUUUCUAUCGCCUGCGACCAUAUAACUGUCUUCCUUUAGAAUAGACUUCGGCUUAAGACGAUUGCAUUUUUCUUUAAAAAUUGCAUUUACUCUGUACAUGACCUAAUUGUCGUUAUUUUGUAAAUAAUAAGCCACCAGACCAGAACGUCCGAAAUAUUUUCAAAUCCCGAAGAUAUUUCGCUGCAUUUUAAGUUUCAACUUCGCAAAGAAUGUUUUGAAACGUGUAGGCUAAAUUUAAGGGCCUUAUUCAUUCUGUUCAGUGUUAACAGCUGUUACAUAUUUCAAAAGGUGAUAAAGCUUUACAAAAUUUGGCCACUGUAUUAUUUACAUUCAAAACAUUGAUCUUAAAUCAUAGACAAAACUCAAACGACGGUUGAAAGUGAAUAUUAUAUAGCUUUGGAAAGAUACCUUUGACACCAGCAACCAUUUUGCUGUUGGAAGGACUAAGGGUUGUCUUUUGUUGACUUUCUUCUCACACAAAAAAUGCUAUGCUUUUUGAUGCGUCAUUUAGUCUUUAAGAAUACUUGAAUGCAUAGCAGAUAGUUUUGAAGAUACAUAAGUAUAUUUCGUUUGUAUAUAAGCUGGAAUGCAGGAAUUCCAUACUCAAUGAAUUCUUAGUGAAGCAUUUUUUUUAUACAAUGUAUACAAUGUAGUAAUACAUGUAUACAAUGGUGCAGGUAUGAAUGAGUUGUUGUAAAGGGUCUUACCUGGAAACAAUAGUUUCCACCUGUUGUGGUGAGUGCAGUCUCUUUCGGUCGGUUUCAGCUGGUCUGUUGUAAUUCUUUAUCUUUAACUUGGAACCUGUCCAAAAGUCGACGGCGCCCUCUAUAGGUGGAUCUCAGACUUGACGCAAACGACUGGAUCGUUUGCGUGCGACGAAUCAUACAUUAAUUACUGCUUGACGUUUUGAUUUUGUAUGUAAAAAAGUAUAUAUUGUAAUUAUCAGCUGUUCAGAUGACAUUAUACGGAAUGAAGCUUUACAUAUCGGGUUUUAGAUGUACAGAUUUUGAAUUUUGCCGUUUUGAAGCGUGGAGCUUUUGAAACAGAUUUUACGUUUUCCAUACUAGAGCGAUUGAUAUCGGAUAAAAAAAUAUAUUGAAAACAUUCUUAACAUUCUCAUGAACAUAAUUCAAGCAUACAUGCAAUAAUUAGUGUUUUCAAGCAAUAUGUAGAGGUAUUUUUCAGUGUACAUAGUUAUUAAGUGGUUUGGAAAAGUUAAGUAAAGAAUUUAUUUUUUCAGCAGUAGCGUGUUGCAGUUCCUGAUGAUUAAUAGUUUCGUUGAAGCAUUCUUGAAUAUUGUGGUCUGUGAUACUUUAUAGAUUGUGUUAACAGCUGAAACAUUAGAUAUCGUUAGAGUGUCGUUUGGGUUAUAUCGUUUAAAUGCAAAAUUAUGAAUUACUGUCUUUCGGAAUCUAAAUGCCUUCUUUUGUGUUUUGUUACUUUUUUAUGACGUAAAUUAGAUCUGAUGGUAUGCCGAUGGACUUAUAGACCUUUGUACAAUUUGGGGAAUUGUUAAUUGGUCAUUCUUGUAUAAGCACUUAGCUCGACCUAACGCGCUGACGUAACAACUAUCGACCAAUGGGAAGAUUCAGUUAUGAAAUGUGACUUUCAAUGCGACGUUCUAACUGGAGUAUUUCUGUUUAUUGUUGUUUUCAAAAGAGAUUAUUUAUUAUUCAUACAUUUGAGUGUAUCUUACCAAAGUAGACUAUUGCAAUGAAACAUAGCGAUGGCGUUUAAAAUGUUAUAUAAUACAACAAACAUUUCAUGACGUGUUUUAAAAUUCUUACGAUCUUAUUUCAUUUGUGUGUGAAUUCUCUAGUCUUCUCUUCUUUCUCUGUUCCGAAAUGUUGAUUUCCUUUCAAAAACCAAGAGCAUAUACAUUUCGAUUGUCGAUUGGCACUUUUUAAAGUCAUAUUCGACCUAUGGUUUAGGAAACUUCUUUGAUCAAUGCUAAAGGCUUGUAAAAUAAAACAAUUUUAAGAUUUGUUUACUGCAAAGUGCAAACGCGUUAAUUAAUCGAAUUUGCAUAGAAUGUAUUUCCUUUUUAUGCCAAGUCUGACUUUGCUCAAAAAUUAGAGUGGCUGUGCACAAGUUAUUUACUUCCCUAUAAAUAUUACAUUAUUUGUUUUAAGUGCUGGUAUUGCUCGUUAAGAAGAAUCAGAUGUAGAAAUGAUUAGCCAUAUUUCAUUUAUUUUCAAAACAGUUCCUGCGUGUAAGUGCAACAUGUUUGCAAAAAUAUCAAACCAUAAAUGUCUUCGAUUUUGUUGUUGUACGAUAAAGAACAAAAUGCCAUCUAUACUGGAGAGUUUGUAAUUAUUAAACUGUAAUGUAUUUUCAUGAA